CACACGACUAGUUACAUCGGCCGCAACCGCAGGCACAAGCAACCCAAAGCGAAAAUCCCAAACACUAAACGCGGGUAGUGACGCACACAUCACUCAGACACUCACCUACUACUGUUUCGAACUCGGUCACUCGAAUCCGUGUCAACACAGUUCGAACUCGCUCCAUCCUCGACGACCAUGGCGGUGAGAGCCACAGUCUCGCGAUUCCCCGUCGACACAGACGCACGCGAAGGAUCUGGCCUCCUCUGGGGAGUCACCGUGACGCCAUUCGCCGCCGUCGACGAGAACGGCAAUUCUCCGGCGUUCGGAUCGGGCGGCGACAUCCUACCUCGGUGCGAGAACUGUUGGGCGUACUUCAACACGUACUGCGAGCUGGAGCAGUGGGCGUGGUCAUGUUCUCUCUGCGGCACCCUCAAUGGCCUCUCCUCCGCCGCUGUCGAGCGCUACUCACUCCCCAAGUCCUGCGCCGAGAUGUGCUCUUCCUUCGUAGAUCUUGAGUUGCCAUUAGAUGGAUCGUCGGAGGAAGCGGCAAUGCAAGCCCGUCCUGUCUAUGUUGCUGCCGUUGACUUGUCCUCUUCAGAGGAGUUUUUGGAGCUGACUAAAAGUGCACUGCUGGCAGCUUUGGAAGCUCUUGCUCCUGGUUCACUUUUUGGGCUUGCUACCUUCAGCCACAAACUAGGAUUGUAUGAUAUUCAAGGUCCUAUUCCUGUUGUAAAAAAUGUGUUCAUCCCUCCUGAUGCAGAGGGAACUUUACCAAUUGGGCUUGAUGAUGUCAUGCCUUUGUUACAGUUUCUGGCUCCUGUGGACACCUGUAAGGACCAUAUUGCAUCUGCGCUUGAAACACUAAGACCUACGACUUCAUGGGAGAGAACCACGGCAGCUGGUCAAUCACUGGAUGGUGUUCUGAUAGGUGGGCGCGGUUUUGGGGUGGCAAUGGAAGCCCUCUGCAAUUACCUUGGAUCCGAAUAUGGAAACACGUUUGCUUUAGCUAGAAUCUUUGCUUUCUUGUCUGGUCCCCCUGAUUAUGGAGCUGGACUGUUGGAUACAAGACGGUAUGGUGAGCAGUAUGCAAGCAAAGGAGAGGAUGCAGAUCGUGCUUUACUCCCAGAGCAGACACCAUUUUAUAAAGAUCUGGCUGCUGUUGCUGUUCAAGCAGGUGUCUGUGUGGACAUAUUUGCGGUAACAAAUGAGUACACAGAUUUGGCUUCCCUGAAAUUUCUGAGUAUUGAAAGUGGUGGUUCCUUAUUUUUGUAUACAAGUACUGAGGAUUCAACUUUGCCUCAGGACAUGUACCGAAUGCUGAGUCGGCCAUAUGCAUUUGGUUGUGUCCUUCGAUUGAGAACUUCAACUGAAUUUAAACCUGGCAAUUCUUAUGGUCACUUCUUCCCGGAUCCACAGUAUGAAAAUGUUCAACACAUCAUAUGUUGUGAUUCUUAUGCUACAUAUGCUUAUGACUUUGUGUUUGAAAACAAUGUUGGAUUUUCAAGAAACAAGUCAGAUGUUCCUACAAUUCAAAUUGCAUUUCAGUACUCAGUUGUAGUUCCUCCCAAGGAACUUUCCAAUUUAGCAGGAGUUUCUACAAAUAGAACCAUACAUUCUCUCAAACGCCGGCUUAGGAUCCGCACGUUGCAGUUUGGUGUUGCUGAGAACAUUAAUGAACUUUAUGACAGCUGUGAUCCUGAAGUUGUGCUAUCGUUGCUUGUUCAUAAGGUUAUAUUAGCCUCUUUGGAUGAAGGUGUUCGGGAGGGAAGGGUUCUGCUUCAAGAAUGGCUAGUGAUCCUCAUAGCUCAAUACAAUGAUGCUCUUAAACUGGUUCAGUACAAUAGUGGACUUUCCAUAAGAUCUCAGAUAGAUGUUGCAUUCUCCCAGUGUCCUCAACUUCAGCCUCUACCUCGCCUAAUUUUUGCUCUCCUUCGAAAUCCUCUUCUCCGUUUUCACGAAGAAGGUGUUCACCCCGACUAUCGCAUCUAUCUUCAAUGCCUGUUCAGUGUGCUUGAACCGAGUUCCCUUCAUCGUGCUGUCUAUCCAGUGUUGACAUCAUUCGCUACUCCAGAUAAACAAGCAUAUCCUCGCCAUUCAUUGAGUCGUGCCGCGCUGAUUACCAGUGGCAGUCCAAUAUUUUUCCUUGAUGCAUUCACAAUUCUGGUGGUGUUUUAUUCUUCCACUGCAGACCCCUCACUUCCUUUUCCUCCACCCCAUGAUUGUUUGUUAAGGAUUACAAUCAACAAAUUGAAGCAAGAGAGAUGCAUCACUCCCAAGCUCAUUUUUAUUCGAGGAGGGCUGGAUGACGCCUCAGUUUUCGAAAACUUUCUAAUUGAGGAGCAGGAUGUUGAUGGAAGUGGGCUUACAAGUGUAAUGGGCUUUGUUUCCUUCCUUGAAGAUAUUACUCAGAAAGUUCUAGAGUUCAUGAAAUAGAGUUCCUUCUGGGCUACGGUCUCUGUUUAUGGAUAAUUAGGGAACGUGUACAUUUAGGGUGCCUCCAUUUGUAAGGAUGGGUUAAACAGUUAAGAAUCGGCCAUGGAAUCAAGCUGGUUGUGAUUGCCUUUGUUGUACUUGUACUUCCCCCAUAUAUCUUCGGUUAACUCUUUUCAACAUCCUUCAAAAAGAUGCCAGUCAUUUAGUCGAUGUACGUUACCUCAUUCAGUCAUUUGUGAAGGUUUUCGUUGCAUUCAAAGCAUUUUAUGUAUAAAUUUUGUUAUCUUAA